AUGUCUAUCUCACAAGAUACUACGCGCAUCAUUUAUAAAGUACCAAAUAGUCGUGAAGAAUUUUUUGUGUUUGGUUAUCCUGAAGCAAUCAAAAAAUGGCGUAAAGACAAAACCAUUUCUAUGACUGAAUCUUAUGAUGUCUUUGAAACUGUGACGGGAGGAAAUGAAGGUAUGGCUGGUCGUCCAUCAAAAUGGAAACUUGAAAAUGCAUUUGGUACUUCAGUAAUUGAAGAUGUUAUACGUAUAAUUCUGGAAGAAGGCAAUUUUCAUCGUGAUCAUAAAGGUCAUGAUAGACAUGCUUCGAAGGAUAGAACUAUGAUCAACGAAACUCGUGGUAAAGGAGUUGCGACUACCGAAGGUUCUUGUGGAAUCCAUAAUUAA